AGUUGGUUGGACCAGAAAAAAACCCCCACAUAUCUGGUAGUUUUAUCUUUUUAAAUGCCCUACAAACAAUCCGAGCUAAUUAUUUCUAACCAAUCGUGAGUAAAAGGGUUUGUCCAGGCAUCCAAUAGAAAUGAAUAGUUUUGGGCGGACUAUUUGAACGGGAAAAAAGGAGAAAGAUGAUUGGCUCGUGGAAGUGUCAAUAUCGAGCUGGUAUAGAAUAACAAUACGCCAUACUAAAUCCAUUGUAAUCCAUAAGUAACGUUUAACAACGUUACUUAUUACAACAUUAAUUUGUCUUGCACUAACAACUCUUUUAAUACGUACUUCAUUGUAGGAAACUACAAAAGGAGGCAGACCUUUCUCGACAAAUCAAACCAAGGUGGAUAGCUACGUACAUGAUUGGCUAACGCGACAUUGACGUCAGUUUCUGGGUGUGGAAAUUCUCAACAUCAACAAAAAGAGAAAGGAUUGAGAAACUAGAGAUUAACAGGAACAACAGAAGUACCUUAUAAUAUGUCGAUGUAACUAACAUAACAGUGGAAAGAUUUCAGAUUGCUGUAACAAUCCAGUCCAGACAUGGAAGCCGUCAAACUUAUGAGGGAGCUGAAAACCAAUUUUGAACAAGAGAUGAAUUAUCUACCGAAGGAAACGGGGCUCUGCCUGAUCGAAUCCACCAGAGAGAAUGACCGCCAAGGAAUCUCAGGCAAAUGUAGGGACGCCAAAGUGGAGGACCUCUGGAGCCUGACCAGUUUCUUUGGGUAUAGCACCCAGACCUUCGUUCUGGCAGUCAACCUGCUGGAUAGAUUUUUGGCCAUGAUGAAGGUCCAACCCAAACAUCUAGCCUGCAUUAGCAUCAGCUGCCUCCACAUCGCAGCCAAAGCAGUCGAAGAGGAGUGCAACUUGUCUUCCACCAACGAACUUAUUCGUAUCAGUCAGUGCAAGUUUACAGUCUCGGACCUCACUCGCAUGGAGAAGAUCAUUUCAGAGAAACUCAACUUCCAACUCAAAGCCAUCACAGCCUUAACCUUUUUGCACCUAUACCAUAGAAUCACUCUCUCACACACCUCAGACAGGAAGGAGGCCCUGAACCUCGACACUCUAGAGGCCCAGCUCAAAGCCUGUCUAUGCCGCAUCGCAUUCUCCAAAGCUAAACCGUCUGUCUUGGCCCUGUCCCUCCUCACGCAGGAAAUUGAAGCCAUGCAGUCUGUUGACAUGGUAGAAAUAGCACGUAGUGUUCAGAGACAUCUCAAGAUCGCUGACACUGAGCUGCUACACUGGAGGGGACUAGUGGCCAAGUGUAUGUCCGACUACUCUUCCCCUGAAUGUAGCAGACCCAACAAUAAGAAGCUAGUCUGGAUCGUGUCGAGGAGGACAGCUCAGAACCUUCACACCAGCUACUGCAACGUCCCUGAACUGCCAACCAUUCCUGAGGACUGCUGGGACGAGAGCGAAAGCGAGGACUCGUGUGAAGACAUGAGUUCUGGGGAAGAGAGCCUGAGCAGUUCCCUGGGUUCCGACGCGGAGGGACCAUACUUCCCUUCCCACUUCAUCUGCCAAAGCAACCAACGAAACAAAUACCACCAUACCCCUUAGAACAGACCCCUCUGGAGGGAGCCACAACCACCGUUUAUACCGUAGGGUCAUGUUCAUUAGUGAAACGUUUUGUAGCCUUAGUCACGUUUAACCUGUGACAGCCCAUUUUGGUUCCUAGUGAACACGACCCAGAAGAUACGUUUAUAGGAAAGCUAUCUUCAUUUUUUUGUUACUUCAAAUGGGGCUACCAGUGUAGCCUGUUACAAACCAAUCAAUAUACUGUAUCUAUCUUAUUUGAAAGACUUGAACAAUCCUGACAGGCAGCAGAAUCCAUCGACUCAAAGAUAAAAAGGUUUUGAACUCUUUUUUUUUUGUAGAUCUAGCGUUGGAAAAGAGAUGGUUGGGUGGUGCAUGUUUGGAUUUGUCACAUUCCAGCCACAGACAGUGUAUAUCCCAAAUGACACUCUUUAUAGUGCACUACUUUUGACUAGAGCCCUAUGGACCCUGGUCAAAAGUAGUGCACUAUAUAGGAAAUAGGGUACCAUUUAGAAUGCAUUAUAGAACACAGCCAAGGUACAGUAGACUGUUGUGAAACAAGGACUGUUGUCUGGGGAGUUAGUAAACCUGGAAAACGUACAUUGCACAAUUUUUGUAUAACAAGUAAUCGUUGAGUAGCAGAGGGGAGUUAUGAUCACUGCCUGGUGGUCAGGCUGGUUUGGUUAUCCCCCUACAAGGUUGAACUAAAAGCCAACAUCUGAUUGCAUGUUACUAUUCAGAAAAACGUGUGUGUGAUCUUAAAACCUCGAAAUGUGUCAAUUUUCAGGUCGUAGGGUAACAAUAUUUGGAAGGUAUGUAGCUAGCUCUGUGGAUGAAAAAUGUAUGUCAAAAGAAAAUGUAACAUUUUUAAACUAAUUGUACAUUUAUAUAAUGUAAAAAAAAAACAACACAAAUGCUGUGAAUAGUACCUUUGUAGAUAUUAACUUAUUUAUAAUUUUUUGCCACGUGUAUGACAAAAAAAAUACUAUUUUGACAUCUGAA